UGGCCACGCCUUUCGGCGAGCCGCGCCGCAAAGCGCAUGACGCGCUCGGUUCAUCUCGCCGACACGCCGCAUCGCCAGUCCCUUCUGGUGCGCGCGUGAGGUGAGUGUCUCUCUCUCGCGUGGCCGCGAGAGAGACAGAACUGCCCAUUGAUCCACCGCCUCGAGAGGAGCUGACACACACUCUCUCUCUCUCUCUCUCUCUCUUUUCGUCUCCCAGAGUGAUCUAGAAAUCGCGAUCGGCUUUGCUGGACGAGAUCAUCACUCUUGGUGCGCGAGUCCGAGUCGGUCGAACUCGGCAAACUCGAGGAGUCGACGCGCGAAACCACCCCUUUUUUGCGACCAAGCGGGCUGUGUCUUUCUUUUGUGAGGUUUCUUCAGGAGGUACGUCUUUCUAUUGUGAACCGCAGCGGGUGGAAUUUUCUGACACACCCUAAGCGAAGGCGUGGUUUCGACAGACUUUCUCGUAGAUCAGGGGAAGAUUCGAGAUUCUUGGUCGAGUUGAGAGUUCGUCGGUGCGAUCUAUCGAGAUAUGAGACCUCGAGACGAAGAAUCAUCCGUAUUAAGGAAGGUGGGAGAGAAAGAAUGCCGUUUGCACGCUGUAAAAAUGUGGUUCUACACAUAAGUCGCCGUGAUAAAUCGUCGAGUGAGCAUUCGAGAUAGUGGGGUGGCAAAUAUCCCGAAGGUGGAUGACGAAGGUUUGAUGACAUUUUCGAGAGAAGAGGCGUCGAUUGGGAUUCGAGGAGUGCGAGGGAGACGUCGUUAAGGCGCCUCUAAUAAUAGCGACGCGCUCGCGAGUGUACCAAGCGAUCUAUAAAUAGUGGUCUCUGGCCCCGUGGAAAUACGAGCCCGUGGAUUUCACGGUGCAACCUGUGUGUGCCGACAGCGAAAACGAAAGAAAGCGCGCAGAAAAUCGUCGAGACGGAAGAAACAACGCGAUAGACGAGCUUGGAUCGUUUUGCGGACUGGAGGAAUUCUCGAGGGAAACGUGUGACUAAUUAACGAAAUUGUGCGCGAAAUUGGAAAAAUAUUUUUGGAUGAAUGAUCCAGGAAUGAGUCGAUGAUCGCUUGGGAUUUAAUUAUUUGUGGAACUACUGCAAGUUGUAACGUGUCAAGCAAUAAGAAGAGGAGUUUGCGUACGAGAAAUGUUCGAAAGCAAUCAACAAAGUAAGAGUAGUUUCGCUUCUUCCUGAUUUUUAAGUGUAAUCUGUGUUGGAUCGAAGAUCGGUGAAAGAUAUAGAGAUUCUCGCCAAGAUAAGACUUGUGAAUCCAGCGCGAAUCUGCCGACCGUCGGCUGGAAGGAGUUAAUCGCUAGACUAAUAUCAGGAAGAAAUCGUUCUCCUUAAUGACGCUGAGAAGAUUUUUUUCUAUUUUUCCUCUUGACGUUCUCGUCUCAAUUGACACGUGAUUUAAAAAUAUUUUCACGCGAUUCUCGUGAUAGCAAUCGGAUCGAUUGAUCGAAGAACCAUCAAAGUGCAACGUUACAAAUCGAUGCCUCGGAAGGACAUUCGAUUAUCAAACGAAAGCUUCAGUGUUUCUUCCUUUUCGCUCCGAAUUACACGGUACAGUGCACAGGAUUAGCUUCGACAAACGACAUAACAAUUGUUUAUUAAAUAAUUUUAUCGGAGCACUAUUGAUAUACAUUCGAAUCUUAUGAAGCUACUUUCAUUAUUCCCCUACGUGGACUUGAUUUCAUCACGCGUGCUCUUCAGCCUCCACCGUUGACACAUUGAGGAUUAUCCGACCUAUCAAUACUAUAUUUAUAUUUCAAAAGAAUCGCGACUCGGAUCGGAAAGAUGUCCUCGUCCGGACGUCUCAGAUGAAUCCGCAGUGAUUCCGCGAAGGGUGGUCAUCCUCGGAGGAUGAGCGGCGAGUGAGGGUGACGUCAGAGGAGACUGACAGGUCAUCCCGAAGUGACAGAAGAACGCGAAAGAGGUCGGACGAUCGCGCGUUGUCAGCAGCACGGUGGAGAGCGGCGGUGCCACGGUGCGGAGGGUCGUCGUGGUGGACCCCGGCGAUGACGCAGCCAUGAUGGCCUACGGUGGCACCGCUGGUAACGGGGGCGCGAUGGGCCCGUCGGCCGGUGGUGCCGGCGGCGGCACGGACGUUCUCGGGACAGCCGCCGGCGAUUACAGCCCCCAGAGCACGCCAACCCCCUUGACCGGACACUCGACCACGAGCGGCACCGUGGAGAACGCCUAUACCCCCGGCACGACCGGGGCGGCCAGCUACAGCCCCCAGGACAGCCCGGCGAGCUCCGCCGGUGGCAGCGGAAACGGCCAGCUGCCGAGUUUCGGCUUCACCCAGGAGCAAGUCGCGUGCGUCUGCGAGGCGAUGGUGUCGCAUGUCCAGGUUCUCCAGCAGGCGGGUUCCGUGGAGAGGCUCAGCAGAUUCCUCUGGUCCCUGCCGGCGUGCACCAGGUUGCAUCGGCACGAGAGCGUCCUCAAGGCCAAAGCGAUCGUCGCCUUUCAUCGGGGCCAGUUUAAGGAGCUCUAUAGGAUUCUGGAGAGUCACACCUUCAGCCCGAGCAAUCAUGCGAAGCUGCAGGCCCUCUGGCUCAAGGCCCACUACAUCGAGGCUGAGAGGCUGCGUGGCAGGCCCCUCGGCGCAGUUGGAAAGUAUCGAGUGCGCCGCAAGUUUCCGCUACCGCGCACUAUCUGGGACGGCGAGGAAACGUCUUAUUGCUUCAAGGAAAAGUCCAGGAGCGUUCUGAGGGAUUGGUACGCCACCAAUCCGUAUCCGUCGCCGCGUGAAAAGCGAGAAUUGGCGGAGAGCACUGGCCUCACCACCACGCAAGUCAGCAACUGGUUCAAAAACCGGAGGCAGAGAGACCGCGCCGCCGAGCAUAGUGGGCAGAGGGAGGACAAGACUCACGGUGGGGGUCUAGGAGACUCCAGCAGCGAGAGCGGCGACGAGACGAAGCGGCAAUCCGGACAGCAGCCGCAGCAGCAGCCAUCCUCCUGCGCCGUUCAGCAGCAACAACAGCAGCAGCAGCAGCAGCAGAUGGUGGACCACCAGCAAACCUCGGGCAUGUACCAGCUUCCGCCUCCGGUCACGGUCUCCAGCCCGCAUUCGUAUCACCAGAGUCACGGCACGUCUCUCAGCCACCCGCACAUGCAGCACCAUGACACGAGCAGCGAGAGCGGCGACGACAAGAGGAACCUCCACCAUCAGCUGCAGCAUCAUAUCCAAGUCGGCGCCCACGGUCUCGUUCAUCCCACCGCUACCUUGCCACCACCACCGCCCAGUUGCGCUCAGCAGAAGAGUCAGCUGGAUUACAUGCAGUACUACAGUCCGCAGGACUAUCUAAUUGGCACGCCGACCUCUGCGGAUCUGCAAAAGUCCUUGCCGCACACGGCGACGUCGAUGCAAAUGGGCGCGAUCGCGCCUUCCAUGGGCGGGUUGAGCCCGAUGGGGCCCUCGACGAUGUUGUCGAACACCAUGCAGAGUGUCAACACCAUGAACACCAUGUCGAUGAACGGCAUGGGCAUGGGCGCUUACCAGGGUAUGGGCUCCAUGGGGAUGUCGACGUCGCACGCGAGUUACCAUAGCGGCCUCGUGCUGGGCGAGUACCAUUCCUUGUGACCUUGGGCCCCAAGCACCCAAAGCAAAAGGAGCCAGGAGAAGACUUAAUGCACAUCAGCGAGGCGCGACACUUCCGGUCGAUCAAGGUACUCUUGAAUGAUUUAUUGUGAUAUUAAUUGGAUCGUCAAUCGAUUAUUAUUCACCAAAGAAAAAUAAAGUCUUAUUAAUAUUGAAAUCUGCUUCAUUUAUAUUAGAAAAGGAUAGGAAAUUGUUUUAAAAAUUUAAUGAAAAUUAUAUUAUUAAACACACGGAACCCAGUGAGCGAUCUCAAUUUAUUAUUAACACCAUUAUUAAAUAAUGAAAGAACUUUAAGUAUAUAUAAAAUAUAUCUUUUUUAUCGCAGCAAUAAUUCCUUGACGAUCCAAUAAUGUUCAGAUAAAUAGGAGAGAAAGAUCUCUACGGAUAAAUCGUUUCGUUCUCCGUGAGCUUUUCUCGAUGAGUAUUUUCAAGCGUGUAUGAAGAGCGUCAAAAAUAGUUGUCUGUCAAAUCGUCGCAUCCGCCUCGGUGUUUAUAAACUUUUUUAAUUUCGUAAAAAAAAAAAAAAAAAAAUUUUUAUAG